AAAAAGGAAAAAAAAAGAAAACGACUGGUUCGCCUGUCGGGUAUAUAAGGGGCAGACGCGCACCGUACCCCAUCACAAUUACGACGGGCUGAGAGCAAAGACAACGAAAGCAUGAAGUUCAUGGUCAUCCUUGCCGUAGUGGGCAUCGCCGCCGCCGCCGUGCCCUUCCGCACCUCCUACAGCGCCCCAGGAGGCGGCAGAUACGUCGUCACCCAGGACAACUCCUUCGAGUAUGGUGUCCGCGACACGUCACUGGAGUACGUUCGGAAUGUCGGUGACCUGGUCAACGUGGGAGCUGCUGGCGGACCGGUAAGUGUAAAGUCUGCGACAAAUAACCAACUGCAGAACUUCCCUUACGCCAUAGGUCUUGAUAGCUCCGAGGAAGUCAUGUUUCAUGCCGGAGAACUUGGUGAUUUGAGCGGCCGCACGCGCUCCGCCCGCGUCCAAACCCUCAGCCACAUGUUGAAUUCCGGUUACGUCGACGCCUCCGACGAGUUACGCUUCAGGACCAACCUCGCGAGGGCCACCGCACUCGGUGGGAACAACUACUACAUCAACGACUCGGGCGAGCUUUUCUACAGGGAAGGCGCCGGCGCCCCCCGCACAGGACCUUCCGCUGCCGCCGGCCAGGGCGUCCAGGUGGCUUAGGGGCAUUGCCCGCCAGCUCUGUAGACAGUGCAUGAGACAGGCUGCUUGUCUUCAUCAUUUACUCAACUGUAUCUAACAGGCACAAUAAUUUACUAUUAUUAAGACAUCUGUUUAGAACGAAACCCCUAAUGUUGAGGAUGGAAUCUGUUGUGAAGGAUAAAGUGUAGAAAACAGAAUUAUUUUAUAUUAUCUUAUCAUUUUUUCUGUAAUUGUUUAAGGGUCACAAGUUAUUUUAUACCUAAAGAAAUCCCGAUUGUGAUAUGAUAAUAAAGUUGUUUUUUUAA